GUGGCAAUGAGAAAGAGCAUCUUUUUGGCUGAAAGGAGACAUUUAGAAAAGAUGAUUCUGAUUUUCUGUUUUCAUUUAUUUUUGUCUUCACAGAAUAUAGCCAAAUGAGGUACCUUAGCCAGUCUGGUGAUUGCUUCGGGUCUUGUAAUCAUCUGUGUAGCAAAGUGGGUAAAAUCAUUCAAUUUCUUCCCUGCUGGACCUGGAAGGAGAGGGGCUGUGUGCUCAUCCCCACCCAUUAGCUAUGCCCUGUUUUCUCUGAAUGUCGAUUUAAGGAACAAGCACCUGUCUUCUGCCAGUGCAUCUUCCUACCAAACUUUAAAGACAAUUUUACCUGAUAGGAAGGACAUCGGGAAUGCUCUGAUCUAGUGAUGAAGAAUCUGGGAGUCGACACUUUUCCCAUCCAGAUACAAUGCACUUUAAUUGAAGAAAAACUGAGCUGAACUACAAGUCUAUUUCUUAUGGUGCUGGAUUACUCCUACAGAACUGCCCUGAGAUCAGCCGUGAGAGAGGGCUCUGACAGACACAAGUCACCUUCUGAUUAUUGCACUUAGCUCUCCCUGGGGACUUAAAUUUUGGAAGUGCUCUUUUUUACAUGAUAUCCUCCAAGAUGAUGAGUUCUAAUCCUGAGGAAGACCCUUUGGACACAUUUCUCCAGUAUAUUGAGGAUAUGGGGAUGAAGGCAUACGAUGGCUUGGUUAUUCAGAAUGCAUCAGACAUUGCUCGAGAGAAUGAUCGCUUGAGAAAUGAAACAAACCUGGCCUAUUUGAAGGAGAAGAAUGAAAAACGCCGAAGACAAGAAGAAGCAAUAAAGCGCAUAGGUGGAGAAGUAGGGCGAGGCCACGAAGGAAGCUACGUGGGCAAACACUUCCGCAUGGGAUUCAUGACAAUGCCUGCUCCUCAGGACAGACUGCCCCAUCCUUGCUCCAGUGGCUUUUCCGUGAGAUCACAGUCCCUGCAUUCGGUUGGGGGCACAGAUGACGACAGCAGCUGUGGCUCCAGGAGGCAACCACCACCCAAACCCAAGCGGGACCCCAGCACCAAGCUGAGCACCUCCUCGGAGACGGUGGACAGCACAGCAGCCAGUAAGAGCGGGAAACCCCCCGAGAGGACGGAAGUAUCGACCAAACCGAGACCCCACAGUGAUGAAUAUUCCAAGAAGAUUCCUCCUCCCAAACCGAAACGGAAUCCAAACACUCAGCUUAGCACAUCUUUCGAUGAAACGUACGUCAAAAAGCAUGGGCCCAGGAGGACGUCCCUCACCCGGGAUUCCUCCCUGUCCCACGUCGGCAGCCCCGCGGGAGACCCAGAGGAAGAGGAGCCCGUGUACAUCGAGAUGGUGGGGAACAUCCUCAGAGACUUCAGGAAAGAGGACGACGACCAGAGCGAGGCGGUCUACGAGGAAAUGAAGUACCCCAUUUUUGACGACUUAGGCCAAGAUUCCAAAUGCGACUUUGACCAUCACAGUUGUUCUUCACAGUGUGCUACUCCCACGGUGCCUGACUUGGACUUCGCCAAGUCCUCAGUGCCAUGUACUCCCAAGGGUUUGCUUUGUGACAUCCCCCCGCCCUUCCCCAACCUGCUUUCUCACAGACCCCCACUGCUGGUGUUCCCACCAGCCCCCGUGCACUGCUCCCCCAACUCUGACGAGUCUCCGCUGACCCCGCUGGAGGUCACCAAGCUUCCCGUGUUGGAAAACGUGUCUUACAUGAAGCAGUCGGCUGGAGCGUCUCCGUCCUCUCUGCCGUCUCACACCCCCGGCCACGCCAAACUGGACAAAGACCAGACGGGAGCCCUGGGAGCCGCCUCUGCCACUGCUGUGCUGUCCUCGUCUCCUCCGCCCCCUUCCACUCUGUACCGAACCCAGUCUCCGCACGGCUACCCUAAAAGUCACUCCACCUCUCCCUCCCCGGUGAGCAUGGGGAGGUCCCUGACGCCCCUGAGCCUCAAAAGGCCUCCUCCCUACGACGCUGUGCAUUCGGGCAGCCUCUCAAGGAGCUCUCCAUCAGUGCCUCAUGCCACCCCCAGGCCAGUGUCGCAAGACGGGGCCAAGAUGGUCAACGCCUCGGUGAAUACUUACGGGGCGGCGGCCCCGGGCGGCUCUCGCUCGCGAACACCCACCAGUCCUUUGGAAGAACUGACCAGCCUCUUUACCUCAGGACGGAGCCUGCUGAGGAAGUCGUCGUCCAGCGGCCGCCGCUCCAAGGAGCCCGCAGAGAAAUCAACAGAGGAGCUGAAAGUCCGAAGCCACAGCACGGAGCCAUUACCAAAGUUGGACAACAAGGAGAGAGGCCACCAUGGGGCAUCUUCCUCCAGAGAGCCUGUCAAAGCUCAGGAAUGGGAUGGAACACCAGGUCCACCUGUGGUCACCAGUAGAUUGGGAAGAUGCUCUGUGAGCCCCACCUUGUUGGCAGGAAACCACAGUUCAGAGCCUAAAGUAAGCUGCAAAUUAGGCCGGUCUGCCUCGACAUCAGGUGUGCCUCCUCCGUCAGCCGCUCCUCUCAGGCAAGCCAGCGACCUGCAACAGAGCCAGGUACCAUCAUCGUUAGCCAAUCGUGAUUGA